AUGUUGAGAAUAAGUAGAGCCCUCCGUGGCUCUAGGACUGUUGGAUUAGUACGAGCAAGGUCUGUUCUGUCCAGUAACAGUACUAGUUUACGUUAUUUCUCUCGGUUACCCACAUGUUAUCAGGAAAAGACCAAUAAUUCAACAACAACCAUACCAUGGUAUUUGAAAGUUGGUGAUAGGGAACGUGCAUUGAAGCAAUCUAUCUUUAAAGCCCAAGAGAUAAAUUAUCCUUCCAAUUCACCAGAUUCUCUAAGACACAUCUCUCAGUAUUUAUGUGAUGAGCUCGGUUUAUCCGAUAUCAUCAUAUUUGAUCUGAGGAAAGGUGAAUUUGAAACUGCUGCUGCUAAGAUUAGUGAUUUUAUGGUUAUUGCUACUGCAAGGUCACCAAAACAUUGUCAAACCAGUUUUGACAAGUUAAAUUCUUUAAUUAAACAAGAAUACGAAUCUGUUGCCUAUGUGGAAGGUCAGUUUAACGCUAGAGAGGAGAAGAAAAGACAACGUAGAUUGGCAAGGAAACCAAAGUUAUCAUCUAAUUCGACCUCCAAUGUUCCUACAGAAUCAUGGUUUUUGAUCGAUUGUAAAGUGGACAAAAUCUUUGUUAACAUUUUAACAGAAAAUAGACGUCAAGAGAUUAACUUGGAGGAAUUGUAUGCACCUGAACACGAAAGACACAAAUAUGAGAGAAAGGAAUCGUCUGUAGAAGGACGUGAGGCACCUCAAGAAGAUGAUAUAUUAGCAGGAUUAAGAAGACUCGUGAAUCAAAGGAGACAGUACAGUACAGUGGCGCCUUCAGUAGUCCUAUGUCGUCAACUUCUAGCUAACCUGGAAAGUUCUGAUUUUAACGGGGCGAUAAGUUUAAUCAACAAUAAUAGAGAGUAUUCUUUAAAUUUUAUGAAAACUAUUCAUGAUUGGGUAUCUGGAUUAGAAAUUGAUGCUGCAAAGGAGAUCCCAUGGAAGAAGUGGGUAACUACAUUUGAAUCAUGUUGGCCACUGGUGUUGCCAGAAGAAAGUGCAUCGUUAUACUGGUCGCUAAGGAUGAAUUUCUUCAAGAUGAUCAAUAUUGCAGAUAAAGAACACUACAACAUUAACCAAUUUUUCAAUGAUUAUCUUUUAGCUAAGAAAUCUUUAGGUUAUCCAAUAACUUCCCAAGACUUGAUAGAAUUUUUCAAAUUGACCAUCAUCAAUGUGCGAGGUGAUGGUGAAAAGAGUCGUGGGUAUUGGGAAAUCGUUAAUCGUAAUGCGCUAGUGUCAAGAGCAUUAAGGUUGGUGGAAGAUGUUAAAGAUGGAAACUCAAUUGUUCAAGAUGGUACUUUAGUUUCCAUGUUACUACGAACCAUGGUUUCAGGUGAAGAGGAAGUGCCCAAUCAUAUGUUGCAUGCAACCUACGAAGUGAUAGAUUAUCUAGUGGAUACUUUUGGCGCUGCCAUGGAUCCUACCGCAAUUGGAGGAGUAUUGGAGGUUUUAGCCGCUGCUAGAUCAUGGAAUAAAUACAUGGCAUUUUGGGAAGCUGGAGUCGGUGGAUUGGUACCUGGAGAAGAUCAUCGUCCCUGGAGUCAGUUUAUUAAAUUGGUUGUAGAUUCUGGAGAUUCUGAAAUGAUACGAAAACUUCUAUCUGAAGGUCACUUACUCUGGUUGAAAAGGUUUGAAGUUAAGAUGACUGAUGAUAUUAAAGAGCAAUUAGAUCGUCUAUUUGAGAAAGGUUAUUCCCAAGGUCUCUGGUUCGAAGAACUUAAAGAGCAUAUUUACGUGUAG